AUGUUCUUCGGCGCAGGCCACACGUUCGACGGAAUGUCUGAGAGGCUCAACUACGAAGAAAACAUCGAAACGGCCGCGGCCGGCGGCGAGGACGGCAUCGGCACCUUGCCGGACGAGCUCCUGCAGACGAGCUAUGUGGCGGUGGCUCGUGGCGAGGACCGCAUCAGCGCCCUCCCGGACGAACUCCUCCAGUACGUGAUGUCGUUCCUGCUUUCCCGCGACGCCGUGCGGACAUGCGUGCUCUCUAGGCGCUGGCGCACGCUCUGGAAGUCCGUGCCCGCCCUACCCAUUGAUGAUCCCGAGAGCUACCACGGCGCUACGGGCUCCAGCUUGUUUGUCAAUGAGCUGCUUCGUCUCCGUGACCCGACGCCUCUGAAUGUAUGUGACAUCCGUUCUGGUUGUCAGGAGACUGCGAACACCAAUUGGGCCAAGGAGGCAUUCCGACACAUGGAACCAUGGCUCCUGCAUGCUUUAUCCUGUGAAGUUCCAGUGCUUCGAAUUUGUUUUCCCUGGCAGGUAAUCAACAUGACUCUUGUCUCAUCGCACUUGAAGAGGUUACAUCUUUACCGCAUGCGAUUUGAGGGAUGCUCUCUGGAUUUUUCGAGCUGUAAGGUGCUAGAGGUGUUAGAGAUGAAAGCUUGUCAUAUCCAUGUGAAUCUCUUGUCCCAGUCAUUACGAUUUCUUAAAAUUCACAACACGAGUUUUGGUUUUGAUCCCCGCACUCUUAUUUCUGCCCCAAAUCUCAUUGGCUUCAGACUAUCCGAUAAGGGUAUGCUCCCACUUUUUCUAACUCCAAUUGUUCUUUGCCAUCCACUAGAUCCCAUGUAAGUUUGUAUCCAGUUAUCUAUCAAUAGAAGCUUAUGGAA